UCCGGGAACGAGUUCGGGAGAGUGACGUUGAAGCUCGGCGGUGCGGCUAGCGUGGCGUCUGGCCGGCUUUUCCCCAACGCGGAGCAAAGACGGGUCCCGGGAGCUGCGGGGUCGGCGUCCAGGGACGGCUCAGGGAGCUUCUGCAGCGGCGGUGGAAGCGCAGCAGGCGGCUCCGGGACUGGGAGUGGAGCCCCGGUGGGCUUCCCGGGCAGGAUGAGCUUGACCCCAAAGGAGCUGUCGAGCCUGCUGAGCAUCAUCUCUGAGGAGGCGGGCGGCGGCAGCACCUUCGAGGGACUGUCCACCGCCUUCCACCACUACUUCAGUAAGGCCGACCACUUCCGCCUGGGCUCCGUGCUGGUCAUGCUGUUGCAGCAGCCGGACCUGCUGCCCAGCGCGGCUCAGCGGCUCACGGCACUCUACCUGCUCUGGGAGAUGUACCGCACCGAGCCGCUCGCCGCCAACCCCUUCGCUGCCAGCUUCGCGCACCUGCUCAACCCCGCGCCGCCCGCCCGCGGCGGCCAGGAGCCCGACCGGCCGCCGCUCUCAGGAUUUUUACCUCCUAUAACUCCACCAGAAAAAUUUUUUCUUUCCCAACUAAUGCUGGCACCCCCAAGGGAACUCUUUAAAAAGACACCGCGACAGAUUGCUUUGAUGGAUGUUGGAAACAUGGGCCAGUCUGUGGACAUUAGUGGGCUUCAACUAGCCUUGGCUGAACGCCAGUCUGAAUUGCCAACCCAAAGUAAGGCUAGCUUCCCUAGUAUUCUCAGUGACCCAGACCCGGAUUCUUCUAAUUCUGGAUUUGACAGCUCAGUUGCCUCUCAGAUCACGGAAGCAUUAGUCAGUGGACCAAAGCCGCCUAUUGAAAGCCAUUUUCGGCCAGAGUUUAUUCGUCCACCACCUCCACUCCACAUUUGUGAGGAUGAGCUGGCAUGGCUAAAUCCAACAGAGCCUGACCAUUCAAUUCAGUGGGAUAAAUCAAUGUGUGUUAAGAAUAGCACAGGUGUAGAGAUCAAGCGAAUAAUGGCCAAAGCCUUCAAAAGCCCCUUAUCUUCUCCUCAACAAACACAGCUCCUUGGUGAGUUGGAAAAAGACCCCAAACUUGUUUAUCAUAUUGGCCUCACUCCAGCCAAACUUCCUGACCUAGUGGAAAACAACCCUCUAGUAGCCAUAGAAAUGUUGCUGAAGUUAAUGCAGUCAAGCCAGAUCACCGAGUAUUUUUCAGUCCUGGUCAAUAUGGAUAUGUCUUUACAUUCCAUGGAAGUUGUAAAUCGACUGACUACAGCUGUUGAUCUACCUCCGGAAUUUAUUCACCUUUAUAUAUCAAAUUGCAUCUCUACCUGUGAACAAAUUAAGGAUAAAUAUAUGCAGAAUCGUUUGGUGCGUCUUGUGUGUGUCUUUCUCCAAUCCUUGAUCCGUAACAAAAUUAUUAACGUUCAGGACUUGUUUAUAGAAGUGCAGGCAUUCUGUAUUGAGUUCAGCAGGAUACGAGAAGCUGCUGGCCUUUUCCGGUUGUUGAAGACAUUGGAUACUGGGGAAACACCUUCUGAGACCAAAAUGUCGAAAUAAUAUCCCAUCAGAACCACCCCAUUCAUUGUUCAGCUGUACUGUGAUUUAAUUUUUAAAACUGUUAAAACCCUGAGUGAAUUUUUUGGUGUAAUAGAUAUAAACAACACUUGAGCUACUUAAAA